UUUAUAAAUGAUUGUGCUAAAUAAUGUCCUCAUUCUCCAAAUCCUCAUAAAAGACUCAUUAUAUUUAACUAUUUAGAAUAGUUUCUGUGGCUCAAGGACUGUAAUGAAAUCGUAAAUUCCUAGGAGGUUGGGGACAAUGGCAUGUGUUCUGAAGGUCAGGAAUUGCUUCAAGCAGCAACUCGACCGUGUCCUGAAAGAGGAUCAUUCCAUCCCUGAGGAUCUACAUUCUGAACUCAAAUCCUGCCUCAACAAAGCCCAGUCCCCCUGCACAGUCUCCUUUGACCUGCUGAGAAAACUUCACAAAUUCUUACAAGAGAAAGGAUUCCCUGUGUAUCUGCAUGAACUUGUUGAAGGAGCAGAAAUAUUCACACCAGAAGUAAAACUGCCGGAGAGGAACCCAGAGCUGAUAGCCCGAUUGGAAAAGAUCAAAGCAAACCUUGCUAACGAAGAAUACAGACGCAUUACCAAAAAUGUCAACUGCCAGCAGAUUAACCGGUACGGCACUCUGGGAGAUUUGGGAAGACAAGUGCGAUCUGUGAAGGCAGUGGUGGUUACCGUCUUUAACUUCCUAGUCACGGUGGCAGCUGCGUUUGCCUGCACAUACCUUGGAAGUCAGUAUGUCUUCAUAGACACGGCAGCGCGGGUCCUUUCUGCAAUGAUUGUAUCGUCUGUGGUGGGUCUGGCAGAGCUGUAUGUGCUUGUUCGGACAAUGGAAGGAGAGCUGGGAGAGAUGUAGCACACUGCUGAAAUACAUUGUUGAAACCAAUUGGAGGGUCUUGUAGCUUACAUUUAUAUAAGUACCUUCAUCAUGGUCAAACAUCUCAAGACAUUUCACAGGAGCAUUAUCAAAGUAAAUGUUUAACACUGAUGGAUGUAAGAAAGUAGGACAGGUGACCAAAAGCUUAGACAGGAAAGUAGUUUUAUGGGGUGGCUUAAAGGAAGCAGCUGAAGGCACAGCCACCAGAGAGGGAACAACCAAAAUCGUGGAGGCUCGCAAGGCCAGAACUUUAGGACCACCUAGACCUCAGAGCUGGUGGACAAAGGAGAUGAGACUGAAAAGGCAAGUUACAGGGGUCACCUGGUCACUGUUAGCCCCUUUACCUGGUUAUUGCUCUCACCUGGCCUUCCCUGAAAAAGGGUUUCUCUUCAUUACUGGUUGAGGUACCUAUUGAAGCUCCAUCCCCCACACUCUGUGGCAGGAGUUUUGAGAUCCUAAUCCCUCUCUGUGUAAGAUCUUUUUCAGAGUGUUGCAUUGCUUCUUUGCCAAUUACCUCAUAACUCUGUCCUGUGGCUCUCGUUCCUUCCACCAAUGGGAACACUUUCUCUCUAUCUACUUUGUCCAGAUUCCUGAUGAUUUUGAAAACCUUAAACAAAUCAUCUCCCAACCUUCUCUUCUUCAAGGGCACCUCAAAACUACCUACAUACUAGGCCUUCUAUUAGUGUCUGGAAAUUUUAUACACUGUAAACCAAAUGACCAGUGUUUAUUAAAGUCCAUUUUGCAGUUUA